UCAGGACUUUACUUUCAAAAGACUCAAAGGGUUAUAAAUAAAACCUGGAGGCUGCACUUUCUCCUGGAGCCUCAGUGUCAGUGUUUAUAAGGAAGUAGCUUCUCACUCGAGCACCAGAGUGUCUGUCGUGUCCUGUGAACAGCAGCGAGGAAAUCUCAAACAUGAAAAUCUUAGCAGUUUUUGCUUGUGUACUGGCAGGCUGCCUGGCCAAGAGGCCCCACCCAUGCUCAAGUCCUCCUUUUCUGAGUGGAGCCCUCACUGUGUCCACACAGAAUGAACAGCUGUGGUCCUACAUCCAAUACGAGUAUGAUGCACUGGGACAGAGAAUACGGCUCAAGGAGCUGGGCACCUAUCUCAAUAAGAGCUUCACCUACGAUGCUCUUCUGCUCUACAGAGAGGCUAUCAUGUAUGAGAUUAAUGGCAACAACCGUACAUGCAAGAAAAGGCCUUUGAAGGCAGACUUCCAGCCCAUGGGAAUCCCAAAAACUGCAACUCUGCUGGACCAGGCUGUCUUGGGCAGCUCGUCUGGACCUGGACAGGGACUCCUGAUCAACACUUGGAUUGGAGAUCUGCCCGAAAAGCAAGGAAAGUUCAUGAGCACAGUUACUGAAUUCGGAUGCAUUCCAGUCAGCACUGCGUACCACACUGACAAUUUCGGAUGGAUGGUGACAAGCUUCUUCAACAACAUCAUUGGGAUUUCGGACCCGGAUCAGCUCAACCCUCCGGACUUCUGCCCAGAUGCAGAAAUGAAGGAUGUUACAGAGGAGCCAGUCAACUUCUUCAGCUUGUUCCUUGAAAAAUGAUGAGGACCUCCUUUAACUCAUGUCUCAAACUGUUUUUGUGAUUUUAAAUAAAAAUCUGCAUUGUAGCAUCAACAGAUAACUAAACUUGUCUUUCAGGCAUACACAGUAUUACUUCAUUGAAAAAUAAACCUGCCUCAGUUUUCUUGAACAACAUGCCCCAUGUGAUCAUGACUGUCAAUUACUGAUAAGUAAACAGUGCUAAGUUUUCAUCAAUAAAAAUAUAAGAAUACUAA